GCUCCUCUUCAUCAAUUUCAAGGAAACAAAAGGCAAGAUCAAUAACCUAGCUACAAGAUCUUUAUACACAAAGUUGAUCAAAAACUCAUAAUCAUGCUAGAAAUGAAGAAUCCAGAGUUAGACAUUUCAACAAUAUUGCCAGAAACAGAUAUUCAAGAUGCAUGCGUUAUAGUUUCAUCCAAAGAAACUGAGAGUAACAUAGAACUGGUUGAUAAUCAAAAAAUUAAAAAGGGCAUCAAGAGAGGAAGAGGAAGACCACCAAAAAAACAAUUCUCUUCACGCUCAAACAAACAAAAACCUCCCAAUCCUGAAUGGAUUGGAAGGUGGAUCAGACGUCAAAAAACACGAAGAAGUGGAAGAUCUGAUACAUUCUUCAUUCAUAAGACGAUACCCAAUCUAACUUGUCGAUCUAAAAAAGAGGUGGAGAGAUUUGAAAAGGAUGGAACUCGUCCAGGGAAGAAUGCAAAUAAAAGAGGAAAUGAAAAAUAGACCAAGGUUAAUAAUCAAAUAGAAGGUUGAUUCAACUAUGAGUCUUCAGAAAUGAAAUUGCAUUUAGAUUGAUUUAUUAUCCAAUAUUUCUGAAUGUACAAUUACUAAGAUUUUGUAUAUGUCACUAUGUUUCUUCCCUACU